GAAUUAACUUAAGAGUCGGGUCUUAAUUAGGCGAAAGAAGGAUCGGCUCUUGGAAGACACGUGUUGUCGUUUCAUGAUCUCUCAACCAAAUCCGUCGCCGACUUCCAGAAACUCUCCUACCUCGCCGCGGCGUCGGCAUGGCUUGGGCGGCCUUCCACGCCGUGAGAAUCUGAUCACGAACCAGCUCAUGAAGGAUCUGAACAGUUCGAACGAGUACGAGAGAGGACCUGGGUUUAUAUCGGAGUUACAGUCCAUGAUCCCGAACUCUGAUUAUCGCAAGAGAGGAACUUACGAUUUGAAGAAGAUUGUAGAGUACGCAAAGAAGAAAGAUUACACAUCUCUUAUUGUAGUCCAUACUAAUCGCAGAGAGCCUGAUACGCUCCUUAUCAUUGGUUUGCCAAACGGUCCUGCUGCUCAUUUCAAGUUGUCAAAUCUUGUUCUAAGGAAGGAUAUCAAGAACCAUGGAAAUCCUACAAGCCAUGAACAAGACCUGGUUUUAAACAACUUCACAACUUGUUUAGGAAACCGUGUUGGGAGGUUUUUUCAAUCACUCUUUCCUCAAGAACCUAACUUCCGUGGAAGGAGAGUUGUACGUUCCACAACCAGCGUGACUUUAUAUUUUUCAGACACCAUCGUUACAUAUUCGACAUAAAGGAAGACAAACAGAGUGGUGCGAAAGGAAAAGAGGGUGUUGCUAGAGAGAGAGUGAAGGAUGCGCUGCUUAUUGAUCCUGCUUUGCUUGGUAAAUUUUUUUUUUUUUUAAGAACCCUUUAUUUAAGAAUUACCAUUAGAACAAUUAAACUAAAUGUUUCUUAACAAAAGUUCUUAAUCUACAUUUAUUACUAAAAUACUCAUUAAAAUUUUUUAAUGGAGUUCGAUGGUUAAUCAUGCUCUAAGCAUCUUUAGAUCUCACUGAUAAGAACUGACAAGUGACGUUUGUAAAUUAUAAACGAGUUCAUUCUCGUUAUCUUCGCCAAUAGUUCUUACAAACAAAUGGAAAAGCAUAUAUUAAUAUUAUCAACGAGAAGUUAGCCUAUUGGCUAAAACUCUAGAUUACUUAGUAUUUAAGUGGCUAAAUCUCAGUUCAGAAUUUCGUAGUCAUUCAGGAAAAAUGUAUUAUUUGUUAUGAACCAGAUUGUCAAUGGCUCAUAACCAAAAGAUUAUGAUUUUUAAUCUUUCCAUUUAUCUAUGACGGUGUAAUCUCUUAUAUAAAGAACCUCUAUAUUAUGAUCAAAGAUAGAUUUUUCCAAUACUUUUAUAACACGUA